AUGGCAGCAUCCAUUUUAGAUCGCAUCCAAGACCUCUCUCAGGAUGAUGAAGAGGCUGAUGUUGCAUCCUCAGCUGCUGAAUCAAGUCACCCGAGGAAUUCGAAACAGAAAGCAGCAGAAGCAGUUUUCUACGAGAAGCAAAAGCAAGCGGAGGCACAGAAAGCAAAUGCAGAUGCUGUCUUCUAUGCAAAGCAGAAGGCUGCAGACGGUGAACUCUAUGCAAAGCAGAAAGAAGUGGAAGGAAUCACUGCAAUAGCAAAAGCUCAAGGCGCUUACUUGAGUACCCUUCUCAAAGAACUCAAUGGAAACUAUGGAACACUCAGAGAUUACAUGAUGAUCAAUGGUGGUAUGUUCCAAGAAAUUGCCAAGAUUAAUGCUGAAGGCGUGCGCGGACUACAGCCCAAGAUUAGCAUUUGGUCCGGGGCCAAUGGUGGCGGUGAGGGCAGUAGUGGUGGCGCGAUGAAGGAUGUUGCCGGGGUGUACAAAAUGUUGCCACCAAUGUUCCAGACAGUUCAUGAGCAGACUAGGAUGCUACCACCAGCUUGGCUAGGCACAUUGCCUGAUUCCAAAAACUCCAUCUCUUCUUAA